UUGCUAUUUCAAUCUUAGACACUUUUCUACACUGUUUUGUAAGAUAUCAUUGUUCGGAGAAGAGGAACAAGGGCAGCUGUAAAUCAUAUCAAAGUACAACCUUCGGGAAUCUUAAGCAAGAACGUAUAAAUGCAACGAGCGUGGCAGGUGGCUCCGUACGAAAAUCGUCACUACCACCACCACCAACGGGCACCGUCUCACCACCACUUUCAGCAGCCACCAAUAGUACCACUGUCGUUGCUACCUUUACCACCACCACCAUCAUCACUAUCACUACCACCACCACUGCUAGUACCCCAUCUAGCAGCAGCAGCACCAGCAACAACGAGGAAGGGUGGUUAUGGCAGAAUCUCCAUCCCUCGACUGUGUUCUACCCCUUCUCUAUUUCUCGUCCUUUCCCUCUCUCUUUCUCUCUCUCCUCUCUUUCUCUCUCUCUCUCUCUCUUUACUUCUCGACUCGCCCCUCUACAACAGACGUACGGCAACCCCGGCGUUCAGUGCUGGCGCUUCCUCCGUACAAGUCGUAUUGCGAGUCUGGACCAGCAGUCUUUAUCUUUCUCUCUCGAAUUCGAAAGGAACAUUCGUGAAAUAGAUCAUCAGGAAUAUGCGCAACACCUCGAAAGUAACGAAAGCCCCCGGCGAAGACACGAGAACAACGACGAAGCUAUCAGCCUUCCCCAUUUCCACCUUCUCCUCUUCGUUCUCCUCUUCCCUUCUACGAGAAGGAAAGGCUGUCACAUUGCCGGGACACGAGUGAACCAUGUUCCAGGAAAGCUCGUGGCAUCUCGAGGAUUCCGAUUAUGAGCUAACGGACAGAGUGACUUGCUGUGAACCGGCAUACGCCUACGACCGAAGAUAUCUACAGAAGUAUUGUGAGAUCCUGUCUGCAGGGAUACGCGGUCCAUAUCCGGCCCGCCAUCUUGGCGGCAUGGUCCUUUGGGCCAGUAUACUAUUCCUGCAGGGAGCUGGCCUCGCGGGCUCGAUGACGAGCGGUAUUCCGGGAGUUCCGGAAAAUAUAACGGUGAUGUUCCUAAACCCGACGUCUGUCCGUGUUUCUUGGAGCACCAGCCAGGUCGAGCAAGUUGAAAAGUACGACGUUACGUAUAAACCGACGGACGCCAGUUACAGGGUGGUGGCGGUGGUCGCAGGAAAUAGCGAAGCAGUUACGUUAAGUGGUUUAAGGGCCGACACGCAGUACCAACUAGUAGUCACUGCCGUGAGAGCAGGGAAAAAGUAUAGAAGUCGACCAAUCGUCUUCCGUACGCUCGAACCUCCGCGGUCCUUUCCCCAGCAGGAUGCAGCAGUAACAAAUGGACCACUUCCUCCGUCUCCGCCGUCUUCUCAGCAGCCGCAACCUUACAUACAAAUACGAGGCGUCGAAGUUGGUAUAGUUAUACUGGUGCUGAUAGUCUGGGCCGGUGCUAUAGCUCUCUUCUUUAAUCGUUGGGGUAAAAUUCGCAUGUUGUUGCCGUAUCAACCGGAUUACAAGGAACAAUUGAAAGUUCCUGGUACCGGCGUUUGUACGGCGACCAAUACGGCGUAUCCUCAACAUUCGACUCAGCACACGUGUUCCCAGCAUCAGCACUGGUCGAGUCAUCACGUGGACUCUUUGGACAGUGGCAGUGGUUUAGGUUGGCCAAGACCGACAAGGCCACGUGUCAAUAGUGCCAUCGAUGUCGCUGGCUUCCUUUCACAGGAAUUCCUCCGACGACAUGGGUCCACGUCAAAGUUAUGUCGAAAGGUUCGCAGUGCGGAUAAUUUGCCAUUGGCCUCGGCGAAUCGCCAAACUCAUCAACGAAGAAGUUCAAGAAGCGAGGGAAACGAAGGAGAUCGAGAAUCUUUUUUGAAACCUAGUCAAGAAGAUCAAGAAAGAUAUGAAACUACGAGCCCAAAAAGACAAGGCAGUCCUGAAAGUGGUUCCAAAGAUCUCACUGAGACAUCUUUGCUGGACUCGAAUUAUCAGCAACCAUCGUCAAGGGACUCGCCGGUACCACCUACGACGACGACAUCAUUGGUAGCGAAACGAUUCAGUGGUUGGCGCGUACCAGGAAGUCAUGAAUACGUCAAAUGUCCUAUUCAACAGCCAGUCUCGAUGGACGAACGAUGUUAUCGACGAUCAUGCGAGCCAGAGAGCGGUCUUUUGUCGAGGCAUCAUCAUCAUCGGCAUCACCAUCAUCAUCGUCUCGAUGGCGAACACUAUUCGAAGAGUUACGAUUAUGCCAGACGUACUCCAGAAUCUAGCAUAGAUGUGAAACACUUUGGACUGCCGAUUUUGAGCGUGAGCGAACCCAGCCCACCGGAUGAGGAUGGUCGAGUCGAUGAUUAUUUGUAGGACUUGCUUGCCGAGGAUUUCCUCAAGGAACUCCUCGUAUGAUACCACCAUCUCUUUCUCUCUCUCUCUUUCUCUCUCUCUCUCUCUGUCUCUCUCUCUCUCUCUCUCUCUCUCUCUCUCUCUCUCUCUCUCUCUCUCUCUCUCUCUCUCUCUCUUUCUCUGUCUCUCUCUCUCUUUCUAUAUACCUUAAAUGAGCAACAUGUUAUUACAUGAGUAGCCACAAAUAUAAUAUCGUUUGAAAUGAUACACGGCUAUAAGUAAAUAUGUACCGAUGUGAAUAUAAUUUCACAUGGUAUAAUGAAAAAAAUGAGAGGUUAUAAAAUUAGAAAAAAAAAAAUAUCGCAACUAAUUCGAUUAUAUUGCAUGAAAUAAAAAACUUUAGGGAUGGAAAUAUUUAUAACAAUUAUUUCGAAAUAAUCUACGAUCUAAAUGAGAAUAUCAAAUAACAAGGUUGCUCCUCGUCUCUAUAUUAUAUGUAUAUUUCUCUUGAUUUCUUCAUUACUUGAAACACGAUCGUGUUUUUCAAGAUCAAGUUUAUCGUUCUCCCUUCGAAGAUAAAAAAAGAAUCGAUUUUUCUCAAAAAAUGAUAAAUAAGUGUACGAUCGAUUCAUCUUGAUUAGUAUUUCAAGAAUCUUAGGUCGAUCUAUUUGAUGAACCGUUCGUGUAUGUUUGAGGUACUAUAAAUAAUUAGGACAAAUAUUUAAGACAAACUUGGCACCGUGUUUUCGUCAUCGUGGAACAAACAUGAAAGAAUACUUAUACAUAUAUAUAUAUGACAUCAUUUUAAUAUAUAUAUAUGUAUUAUUACAUACAAAUUAAUAUAUAAUUAUAAAACUUCAAAAAAAAAGCCAAAAUAGUACUUCUCAUAAUUCAUUCGAAUUCAAUUAAAAAAUAAUUUUGUCCACGAGGACAAAACAUCAUAGCUGUUUUUUGAUUAAAAAAAAAAAAAGUAGAAUCGCACGACAACGACGACGAACGAAACGUUUAUGAGCGUCCAAUCGCAUCACUUUCGUUCGAAGAUAAAAAAAUGGAUUUUAUUCUUCAGAAAUAAAGGAAAAAAAAAAAAAAAAAGGAAAAAUGAGGGAAGAGAGACUCAUUUUCGCGAGAUGAUAAUUAAGGGACCAUGAUCGGUCGAAUCGAAAUGUACACAUAUUAACUUAUAGACGUAUUAUACUACUAUUAAAGUAGAUAUCACUUUGAGAUAUGAUAUCGAGGUAAAGAAGAACAAAGAAACAUAAGACAUAUAAAAGAGAAAUAUAAAGGAAUGUUAAUAUGUAAGGAAACAUACAUAAUACGUAUAUACAUAUGUACAAGAUGAUGAAUCGUGAAACGUGAAUAUCUUAACUUAUUUUAUUAUUAAUUUAAUAUAUUUUUGCAUCUGCAUUGAGAAAAAUCAAAAUAUGAGAGAGGGAGAUGAGGAUAUAUAAAACAUUUAUUUUAAUUAACUUCUUCAUAAAUCUUUGAGAAAUUUAUUUAAAUAAUUUCAUAAUUUCUCCCGCUCUUCCUUUCUCAAUAAAAUUUUUUAAUUAUUUUAUUUGAAAACAAAUGAGUCAUGAAAAUUUAUUUAAAUACUUUCCUAUCUCGGCGCUUAAAGCACGUUGUCUCGGUAAUUUAAUAUAACAAAUUAAUUUUCAAGAAUAAAAUCUCGAUCGAUCGAUUAUCGAUCAAAUGCUGACGUGACACGACUCAUCCGUUUGUUUGUAUACAUAUGUAUACGGCAAGUAUCCUUGUAUGUGUGUGUAUAUAUAUAUAUAUAUAUAUAUAUAUAUAUAUAUAUAUAUGCGUACGAUCUUGCAAAAUAACGAGAAGCGUGUGCUAAAAGCUUCGUCGCGACGUGUCCUUGAAUUUCUUGAUUGCAAAUCGAUCGCAACGACUUAUCAGAAUUCGUUAUUACGUUGGAACGAUGCGAGGAUACUAUCGAACGCUACGGUAUGUGUAUGUGUGUGUGUGUGUAUGUAUGUGUAUGCACGCUUGAAUAUGUAUGCGUGGUGUAUAUUUGUGUCCUACGUACGCGCGUACUCAUAUUCGUUUCAUUGCAAUGAAAUAAGCCAACGCAAAAAAAAGAAAAAAGAAAAAAAGAAGAGAUAAUUGAUUUCCUUUUCAGUGAAUAACAAAGAGCUGCCUCGGCACAAUUCACAUAGACAUUUUUUAUAUUAAAAAAUUAUAUCUUAAUAUUUGCAAGAGGACGUUUAUCCUCGACGAAAAAAGGAUCUAAUCGCUUUUCUAUCGUGCCCUUGAAACAUUUCUUAUUCGAUUUAAAAAAAUUACAUUUUUAAUUAAUUUAAUUGUUGACAUAGAUAUAUAUCAAUAAUAUAUAUUUAAUUUACAAUUUGACCUUUUUGUUCAAGAAUCAAGCUGAUAAAAGAAAAGGAUAAAAUUUUGUAGAAACUUUCUGACAAAAAAACGUAUCGUAAUUAUAACUGUCUCUCCAAUUAAGCGAUACGCAAGAACGAUAAAGAAAAAAUGAAAAAAGGCGGGAAAGUAUGUACACGUAUCGAUUUCUUUGUAAAAAAAGAAAAAUAUCCGCAAGUGUGUUUCAUUGUUUAAACGAGUCAAUUACGUCCAUAUCCUUUGCAUAGAACGUAGCAUUAGGGUUAUUGUAGGUAACAUUUCUAAUCGUAGCUCUCUCUCUCUUUCUCUCUCUCUCUCUCUCUCUCUCUCUCUCUCUCUCUCUCUCUCUCUCUCUCUCUCUAUAUAUAUAUAUAUAUAUAUAUAUAUAUAUAUAUAUAUUUGUGUGUGUGUGUGUGUGUGUGUACGUACAUUAGUAAAUUAAAUUAAAUAAGAAAAAUGGUCAUAACUUUCCUAGCUUCUCGAAAGGAUAUCGAAAGUUUCUUCAAAAUUGUUCUCUCAUUUCUAUUUAUUAAAAAAUCAGUGAUUAAAUAUUUCAAUUAGUUAUAAAUUUGAAAUAUAAGUAAAUACGUGGGGACCAAUGAAGAAAAUGAUUGAACGUCCAUUACUAACAUCGAUAUUAACUUGUAAUAAAAAGUGAAACAUAAAAAAAACAAAACACGAAAGAAUAGGUCCCCUUUUUAUGGAUCCUUUUCAACGAAGCCCGCGAAAUAAAAAACGAAUUUUAAUGUUAAUUAUCCUAAAUCAUUCUUUCUAAUAAUAUUAACCGAAAGAGAAAACAGAAUUAAACUCUGUUUAAGAACGAUUGGCAAACAUUUCGUUGUUUCGAGAGAAUUCGAUCGAUUUCGAAUAAUAAUAAUAAUAAUAAUAAUAAUAAUAAUAAUAGUAAUAAUAAUAAUAAUAAUAAUGAUAAUAAUAAUAAUAUCACGAGCUUUUCGCUUGAUCCUAAUUGUUACACGUACGCACGUAUUUGUGUAAAUAUCAUCUCGAUGUAAGAAACAUUAUUUUUAUAAACGAUUUAACUAGAGGGAGUUUCAAUCGAGCAGGCAAAUUUAUUAAACAAGGACAGUGAUUCUCAACGCGUUAUUUAUUCUGGCAUUUCGUUGCUCUAGUAACUAGUUGAUAUAUAUCGAGUAUCAUAUUCUCUUUCAUGUGUAUUGUAUUACCCAUGUCUCCGAUACGAUAUUGUAUAACAUUUAUAAAGAUAAAUCGAUAGUGUAACCUUAACUCGAACCAUCUAGAAUUCUCGUACACGUUAUUCUCGUUAUUUCGCUCAUUGAUCAAUUAUAAUGUGUAGAUAGAUUUAAGACGAUUCGAACGUUCCUUCGGACCAUCGAUGUAACUCAUUGUCAACGACCAAAUUAGAAUAUUUUCUUCUAUUUUUCUUUCUCUCUAUUUCUCUCCUUCAAUGACACAGUUACCUCAUACAACUUCCUUUACUACAUGUACAGGGUAAUUCGCUAAUGUUUACGAAAAAUUUCAAUUGUGUCGUGAAAAGAUAUUCUUCUUAAUUUUACUUUUAUCGAAUUGUACGAACAAAGUUGAGAAUCAUCGGUAACUUUUCAUUCAUUCGGUUUCAUUGAUGAAAAAAUCUCGAUUGAAAAUAAUAUAUGUGUACUUCGUACGAUCUUCAAUAAUCGAUAUCCAAUGAUCAUAUUCCCAGCUGAUAGGUUAUGUUGAGACUUAUUGUCUGCUCCAUUCAUAUAAUUUCAUUCAUAAAAAUUCCUUAAAAAUCUCAAUUUAAAAUAAUAUGUUUAUUUUUGUACGAUCUUCGAUAAUCGAUAUCGAUCGAUGAUAGGUUAUGUUCGCCUCAUGGAUGCAUAUAUAGAAUCUUUGAUGUAGUAUAAAGUAUAUAAGUUGAAAACAUAUUUCUACAUAACUUUUGACGAAUUACCCUGUACGUAUACAUAAACACAUGCAUACAUAUAUCAUACAUACAUACAUAUAUAUAUAUAUAUAUAUAUAUAUAUAUAUAUAUAUAUAUAUAUGUAUGUAUGUAUGAUGUAUGAUAUGUGCAAGCUAUUAACAAAAUGUAUGUACACAGCCAGAACCAGCGGUGCAUAACCGCCUUAGAUGUAAUUUAAAAACGCGCUUAGCUGCAAAUAGUUUACGAGUAAAUUUAAACGUAAAUCGUAUAAUUGUAUGCACGUAUGUGUGUGUAUGAAUGACUGUGUGAUAAGCGAUUAAGCAACGACAUCGAGAAAGGGGUUAUCGUUUUCAAAAGUAUUAUUUAUAAUAUAUCUUAAAUAACAAAUUUUUAAUUAUUUCUUACACUUAUUUAAAAAUUCGUUGAUUUUGAGUAAGUAAAGAUAAACGAAUAUCAACGUUAUUAUUUAAAAAUCAAAGUUACUAAACUAUCAAAAAUCAAAGAUGUUAUUAUUAUUGGAUAUUAUCUUAUUUAUCGUUAUUAUUUCAUUAUCCUUUAAAACAUACGGACGAAAUGUGAAAUGUGCAUGUAAUAUUUCGAAAAAGAUUUUUGUGCAACGAAAUUAGUCAUUUAGGAAAUUGAAAAGUUGCUUCAUUGAAGAUAUUGGCAUUUACAUUGUCUUACCUAAAGUUUAUUAUAAAUAAGCAGUAUGAAAAAUAUUCGUUUCGAUGCAAUAUAUAUUUACCGACCAUGGAUUAAGAUCAUUAAAGAAAGAAAAAGUAACAAAAGAAAGGUAAUAGAAAACAGAAUUAUAGCUUUAAGCAAUGAGACCAAAAUAAGUAAUGAUGAAUCCUUAUUCUCUUAUAUGGAAAGGCAAUCUUAAGACAGUCGAUUUAAGAGCGAUUUUACAAAAAAAAAAAAGAAAAAGAAAAGAAAUAAUAAUAAUAACAACUAAUUUUAUAAUAUUAUUUUUGUCUCCUGUAUAUAAAUAAGUAAGUGUCACUAACUCAGAAUUAUUAUAAUAAUACUGAUCUAUAAAAUAUAUUGAUGCUAUAUCAUCCAGUCAAUUUAAUCGAUCGUUGAUUAUUACUUAUUAAGUUGCUUAUUACAUAUAAGUUUUUAGAUUGUGUUAUCUCAACAGAUGAAAUUUAAUUGACAUUAUUGGUAAGUAUGAUUAUUAUAUAAAUUUCAUUGAAUCGACCUUAACUUUAAUAGUGUACACUCUAAAAAUUAAUGUCAUUGUUAUUUCAUUAAGCAUAAUUCCUAAAAAAUUAAAAUUAUCCAAAGUAAUUAAACGUUGGUUUGCUUUUUCUUAUAUUUUUCAUAUAUUUUUUUUUGUUUCGAACAUUAGGUAUACAGUUAUUAGCAGAUUAUUGAUGCUUUUUACAACAGAGAUUAUUGUGAGAAAUUACAUUAAUUUAUGUAUUAAUUACAUUAAUACAUGAGAUUAAGACUAAUUGAAAUUUUUUUAAGUUAAUUGUUAAGUUUGUACCAGUUCAUGAUUUUGUACAUAUAUUAAAUUAACAUGUUGAGAAAAAACGUCACAUAUAAUAUGUGACAAACAACAUGUAAUUUAUUUUGUCCCAUUUCACACACUGUUCUUUGUAAUGUAUCAUAUAAAUCUGGACAAAGUGUAUCUCCUUUUCAUCAUAUGUAUGUACACUAACACACACGCGCGCGCGCACACAUACACAUAUGUAUACACAUAUAUAUGUAUAUAUAUAUAUGAUUUAUUAUUUAUUUUUUUAUUAGCAUAAUAUUGCAUUAGAACUCUUUUGACUGAGUCUGUUUACAGUCUCUAUAUCUGACCAAAGACAUACACAUAUGCAAAUUCACACAAUACAGAGAUCAAAUAUGUAAAAACGAGUAUUGCUGUUAAUACAGACAAAAAAAAUCAUAUCAUAUAAAUAUCUACAAAAUCACGUACUUCUUAUGUAUACUUAAUUGUACCGAAUUAAAACUAAUUUUAUCAACAAUAUUGCUAUUGAUACAAGUAAAGUAAAUUUUCCUGUUAGAGAUACAUACAUGUAAUAAUUCCUAUUUCUUUAAAUAUAUAAAGAACAAAAUCUAUUUAAGUUACAUUCAUCAUUUAGAGGGAUGAAAACAUUAUUUCAUAAGGUAUAUCAUUAAAUAUUAUUAAGAGUUAAUGAACAUUAAAAUUAACUGUAGUCGAUGUACAGAUAAUCGCAUGCUACAAUAAAGUUUCUUUACUACAUUGA